UCAUCGAUAAGCUGAGAAGCUGCAAGGAUAAAAGCAUCCCGAUGGGAAUUGUCUAUAGGCCUCCAAGCGGUACCCCAGAUGUUAACUGCAAUUUAAAACAGGAGAUCGAAAAAACACGUAAAAAGGAAAAUGUGGUGUAGAUACAUCCCAGGGGGAGAAUUAGGCAACCGUGACUGACAAGAGAAGUCAAUGACAACAUUAAAACAGAAGAACAGUGUAUUGGAGGGGUCGUGACUGUCAUGACAGCACUGCCCAUUUACCUGGUCGAAAGACGCCACCUGCCAAUCAAGGUUUGGCCCCUCCUCGUCCAUCAAUGCACACCUAACCAUUGACCCCUUUAAUUAGCCUUGUACUUGACCUCGGGCAAUUGGCCUUGGUAAUCAGCGAGCUAUUGGCUUCUCCGUGAAUCACCUGGACUGGAUUCAUCAUUCCUGUUGCACUAUAAAGGAAGCCACGUGUGCUUGACCCUUUCUCUUUUUUGCUAACUCUGAGGGACCGCCCUGCCGUUGGUUUGAAACGGCAAAGAAUUUGUGUACUGGAAUCUCAAACACAACAAAGCAUCAGUUUUGCUGUCUCUAUCCGAUAUUUAAGGAGUGACCAGAUAUUUCCUUUGUAACACCAAUAUAUCUGUUGUUGAUUCUUGGAGAUGAAGCAAUAUCUCAUCCUGGCUGAGAAUGUUCUUUGUCUCUGAAAUGUUUUUUUGUUGUAACUCAGUGAAAUCUACUGGAACCAGGGUGCUGAGAAAACACCAUUUGUUCACUAGAGAUAAGUUCUUGAACUGUAUUGACUCUGUGAGGGAUUCACUAUAUUUGACAUCUGGUUUAAUGAAUUGCUAACAGGGAGAUUUAAUUCAUCAGCUCUAUUUGUGUGAGGGUGGGCACUCACUCAGCCAACCUGCUGAUACACAGUGAGUUUACUGGUGAGACAUGCCAUACACCUGCUGUGUGUCGAACGAUUAUCCAUCCUGAAGAUACAUCAGCAAGUUCACACCAUAGUGAGAGGGUUCUUUCUGCCAUUCAAGUUAAAUAUAUCUCAGAAAAUUCUGAUCAGUGAGAGGCCUGUUGCAUGUCUAGGAAGAUAUUCACUCACUCAGCCGACCGAAAACGCACCCAGUGAGUUCACAAGGGAGAGAGACCAUUCAACUUUUCUCGGUGUGGGAGGAGAUUCACUCAGUUAAGCAACAUCCAGACACACCAAUCACUUCAUAUUGGGGAGAGGCCAUUCAUCUACUCAGACUGUGGGAAGGAAUUUGCUCUGUCAUCUCAACUGAAGGGAUUACAGUGCAUUCACACCGGGGAGAGACUGCUCACCUGCUGAGACUCUGGGGAUGGGAUUCACUCGGUCAUCUCAACUGAAGGUACGUAAGCGAUUUCACACUGGGGAGAGGCCACUCACCUGCCCAGACUGUGGGAAGGGUUUCUCUCAGUCAUGUCAACUGAAGGUCCAUCAGCAAAUUCGCACUGGGGAGAGGCCAUUCACCUGUUCAGACUGUGGGAAGGGAUUCACUCGAUCAUAUCACCUACUGGCACACCAGUUAGUUCACACUGAAGGGAAACCAUUCCCCUGCUCAGAAUGUGGGAAGAGAUUCACUCGGCCUUUUCAACUGAAGGUACAUUACCGGGUUCACACUGGGGAGAGGCCAUUUGCCUGCUCAGACUGUGGGAAGGAAUUCACUCGGUCAUCUGAUCUACAGAGACAUCAGCGAAUUCACACUGGGGAGAAACCAUUCAUGUGCUCAGACUGCGGGAAGGGAUUCUCUCAACCAUAUCUACUGAAGUUGCAUCAGCGAUUUCACACUGGAGAGAGACCGUUCACCUGUUCUCAAUGUGGUAAGGGAUUCACUCAGUAUUCCAUCCUUCUGGCACACUACCGAGUUCACACUGGUGAACAUGUUUAAAUAGGCUGCAUGCUGUAUAUUUAACCAUCAGUGUUGAAUACAGAGGCAAGUUCAAACGUGACUGUAGGUGUUGAACUCUGCAAUUAUUCCAAACAGUCACCACAAUGGUGAAGUUGUUUCCCUUGAAUUUCUUGCAUGACUUUCUGCAGACUGAAGACAACGGGAUGACGAGGAGCUGAAUGCUCUGGUGUCUGACUUGUUCUUCAUCCCUCAAAUCUCUGGGCUGAUAAAGACUGACACUGGUAGUUAACCACCUCAUUCCCUGUUCAUUUCAACAUUAUGGGUCAUUUCACUGCUUCUAAAGAGCUGUGACUCACAGAGCUUGGAGCUACAAUACACCAUUGUCUUCAAGUCUUUAAAAAAAAUAGAGAAACAUUAGUUGGAUGUUCAAUGGAGCUGGUUGAGAAAUCAUAGAUGGGUCAGCAUAGGGCACAGUUUGGUGCUCUGCACAAAGGUAGGGGUAAGAGCAGAUAAUGAGCAGAGAAACAGCAGUGGGGGUGGCAAUGAAUGACAGUAGCAACAUUUGGUAGCUGUUUGACAGGAAAAAAAUAAUGCUUGUGAGAGCUUGCUGUGUUAAACUGGCUACUGAGUUCUAAAAAUAUUGACUGGAUUGUGACACAUUUACCCAGAAAUUAUAUUCAGAAUGUACCAUCACUGCAAAUUGAGUGUGUAGGUACUGAGAGACUUGGAUCUAAUUGUAAUUGUCAUUUUCCAUACAGCUGAACAAUAGUAUUUUAAGUAGCCUUUGUAUACAUCACAGUUUAAUAUGCCUGUACUGGCAAUACAAAAUAUAAAUCUGGACGUAUCUUUGUACUUUAAGCGUUUUCUCAUUGGUUAACUUUUUUACUGAAAUAUUGACUAAGUACUUUACAAUUGGUUUAUUGUUAUCUAUAGAUUUGAAUGGAAUUUUUCUUACCUUGGUGUACAACAUGUCAUCUUUGGUUUCUCUCUUUAAGUAGUAAGACCCUGUCAAUUUUGUGUUUCUGUUCUAUCAACUUUUAAUAAAAUGACUGCAAAGCAACAAGUUGUAUGCCUCAUUCAUGGCUUCCAAAAGAACUUUGGAUUUAAACAUUAAAAUCUGUCAAUUAGCGUAGUCAGCAGAAUUUGGAGCUCAGAACAAUCCAGGAUAAAGGGAAUUUUCAGGUUCUAAACAGGUAAGAACUUCCUUUGAUGUUGCAAAUUGUUUGAGGAAAUAUCUAGUUCUAUCUAUUACAUCAUUGGAUGGAAAUCAGGUUUGAAGACUGCUGCGUUGCUCUUUCAGAAACAUUUGGGGCGUGGGGGAAGAA